AUGAUGUGCAAUAGAUUGGAGUUAUUCUGCAAGCGCUAUGCUCAAAUGGCUCAUUAUCGCAGUCCGUCGCUUACCUCAGUUCGUUUUUUCUCUGCGGAACCGAGUGAUGUAUGGAGCUUUGGGUAUUCCAAUCGUACAAUUACCCUAAAAUUGUCUGGUCUACCAUCUUUACCCAAGAAGCGUAAAAACAGCACUCUUUAUACAUCGAACAGGCGUGUUAUUGAAGCUGCAGUAUCGGCAGUGCCGUCAUGCGACAUUGUGGCAAUGGGUUUAGGUGCACCUGAAUUGGGUGUAAUUCAUCGUUACCUUGAAUUUAAAAAAUCAAAAUCAUCGCAACCAAAGCAAGCUCAUAAAUUCAAAAAUGCAAGGCAGUUGGUGAAUACAUAUCAGCAAUAUGUAGAUGUGGCAGAAGCUGCCGCAGCUACUGGCAUUAAUGUCAUCGGGAUCGGCCGCAGCAAGCAAUCAGAGGCUGCAAGUUUUGGUAAAGCCGCAACAGAGAAUAAGCUAGAAGUUCUACGUUUGCUGUCACUUUAUUUACGUAUAGGUGAUGUCUUGAAAGAUGUCAAUACACAAGAGGAAUUCAAGAAGGCUGCUCCAUCUAUAUACCAAGCUGUCGUAGCUGAGGGCGCUUUCUACUGUUUUUGUCGUCUGCAUGAGCUAUUUUACAGGAUCGACGAGGAAUUGCUUUGUCGCCGUAAAAACGUCAAACUCCUUGUAGUGGUGGAUCAGCAUCUGGUUCACGAGCUCACAGAACUCAUUCGCAAAAAGAUGCCCGCGAUGCUCGAUGGAAACACACCGCCCAUGGUUGACGUUCUGCAAAGCCUUGACAACCGUAGCCGCAAGGGAUGGACGCGAUUUCUGCUCCAGUUUAUUAUCAUACCUGGGUUCGCCAUCACUGCUACCGUCUGUUAUGAAUUGUAUGUGUUACUUUCUCCCCAAGUAAAUGCUCUAUCCACGCAUUUCACCGGUAGAGGCUACCUGAACACUUUUAGGAACAACGGAAAGAGCAGUCAUAAAACGGCCGACCCAGUAGACAUAUCACGUGAAUGA